GUUUUAUAUAGCAAAUUUCAACGAAAGCCUUUGAUUGAUUCAUAAUAACAUUUAGUGUAACUUGCUCUGUUGUAAUCAAAUUUUCACAACGUGCAAAUAAAAUAAGCACGCUAAAAUGGCGGACGAAACGGAACCGCAAGUACCUGCCCAGACAGUAGAAGAGCCAUUGGAUCUGAUCAGGCUGAGUUUAGAUGAGAGAAUCUAUGUAAAGAUGAGAAAUGACAGAGAACUUAGAGGCAGAUUACAUGCAUAUGAUCAACAUUUAAACAUGAUAAUGGGAGAUGUUGAAGAGACAGUUACCACAGUAGAGAUUGACGAGGAAACAUAUGAGGAAAUUUAUAAGUCAACAAAGAGGAACAUCCCUAUGUUGUUUGUUAGAGGUGAUGGUGUGAUACUUGUGUCACCCCCAAUGCGAACAGGAACAUAAACACAUCUCUUAUUAUGACAGGAACAUAAACAUUUUAGAACACUGUUACAUGAAGACACUUAUAUCAGAUUCUGUGAAAGUAAUUCAGUGUGGAAUAAGUUUAAUAACUUCAGUGGACAAGAGACACUCUACUCUUGUGAAAACAACCAACAAUUAAAAAUACUGUUCUUACUAGACUCAAAAAAUGUGUUUUAAGUGUAGUUUGAUGAUUCAUGAUGGAAAUUCUGUAAGAUAAUGUAUAGGGUAAUAAGUGAAAGGGAGUUAACUUGUACACAUUGUUCUUCCUCUA